AUGGCUGAAACGCACACUCCGUAUUAUUCCUUGAAGAAACUGUUAUCUUUCUUCAACGGUGUUAUGGCUCUCUCUGGCGUGAUCCUCAACGGCCUGGGCAUCUAUGUCAGUUUCAGAGGGGCUGUUCUGAUGGUCCUCGGCCUGUCCUCUGCAUACCUGUUUCACAUUGGCUACCUGUGCCUGGUGAUGGGCUGCAUCACAGUGCUGCUUGGCUUUGCUGGGUGGCACAGAGCAACCAAAGAAAGCCGAGGCACCCUCUUGUUUUGUUUCUCGGUCAUGGUCAUCAUUCUCAUCGUGGAAAUCAUUGUCGCCACAGUGGUCCUUGCCUUCUUUCCGAUUGUUAGAAAAGUGGCCUUGGAGCACAACUUUGUGACCCAGAAUUACAGAGGUUACAACGAGCCGGAUGACUAUUCCCUGGAAUGGAAUUUGGUCAUGGAGAAGCUAAAGUGCUGUGGCAUGAAGAACUACACAGAUUUUCCAUCCUUCGAAAGGAUGACUGGCCACACCUACCCCAGGGGCUGCUAUAAAUCCAUCGGGACCGUGGCCUGCGACGGGCACAACGUGUCUGCAGAUGUCAUCCACCAGGAGGGCUGUUUCCUUAAGCUCCUGAAAAUAACCAAGACUCAGAGCAUGAACCUGAGUGGGGGCUCUCUGGGGGCAGCAGUGAUACAGUGCCUCAACCAGGGAGACUGGUUCCCCGCCCAUCCCCCAUCAGCCUGCCACUCCCAAGCUGCACCUGUGAAAUGCAAGCGGCCACAGCAGUUACCCAACCCUGCCUUCUCGCCCCUCCAGCCCAACCCCAAAGCAUUCUUUCGAGUGACUCUUCUACUAGCAGAGAACGUCACUGGACCCUAG